AUGAUAUUUUGUCCGGAUCGCAAGCGCUACAAAAAUGUUCCAAACAUUUUGCUCUGUGGAACAUCAUUAAAAAAGGUGGACAAAUUUAAGUAUUUGGGUCAUUGGAUCACUGAGGAUAUGAAAGAUAAUUUGGAUAUUGAAAGAGAACGUAGGUCGCUGUCUGUUCGCUGCAACAUGUUGGCCCGCAGAUUUGCAAAAUGUACCGAACAUGUUAAGUUAACUCUUUUUAAAGCAUACUGCCAAUCCUUCUAUACCUGCAGUCUGUGGGUUGACUACACGCAGAGAACAUACAGAGACCUACGUGUGCAGUACAACAACGCGUUCAGGAUGUUGAUGGGGCUGCCGCGUUACUGCAGUGCCUCCGGCAUGUUCGCGGACUUCGAAAGCGCUGCGCCUCCUUAUUGCGGCGAGUGCGUGACAGCCCUAACAGGAUCCUGA